AAGAUGAAGUGAGCAUGUGCAUUGAGAGAGCGGCCGUAUUCCUCCUUCGCUUUUAGGAAAAAGGAAGACCUGAGUUUACACAGAAAGAAAAGAGGACAGUCUUUCAUCCAUCAGGAGGAGAGAGAUGGAAAGGAAACUGCAGUAUCUCUUCAUGAGUUUCUCUGCAUCACAUGCUCAUACUGUGUGAUGCUCUUGAUUUAGAGACAUUUGGAGUGUUUGUGGCCGUUCCUCUUUUCCUCAUUCGGAACUUAUCUGUUUCGAAAAUAGGAAGAAUGAAAAGGCGAGUGGAAAGGAGGACAUGGGGCUGAAAUGGACAAUGUCUGUGUGUGAGGCAGCGAUGGCAGAACUCUCGAACCCCUUCACGAGCUGCACCAGCUCUCAACAAAUGCUCCAGUUUGGAUAACACACCAGAACGCCAAAGCACUCACACACACACACACACAGGGAGAGGACCCCUUACAAAACGCAAAGGGUCCUCCGAAACAGAGCGUCUUCUACAUUUAACGGGAUUUAUCGCAAGAUCACAUCUACUGAUCCCGGAGAAUUAAUAAGAACUUAAAAUACCGUUAAACCUCUCAAAAAGAGAGGAAACGAAAGAUCGAAAAGAUUGGAACGUGGUUGAAGACGAUGAGCGUGGGUCGGAUCGGUCGUUACAGUGUCGUGUCGACAGAGGAGGAUGGUCUGCGUCUAACGACCAUGCACGGUGGAGGGAUGAAUGGAUACGGCAAUGGCAAAAUCCACACUAGGCGGAAAUGUCGCAACCGUUUUGUGAAAAAGAAUGGGCAGUGCAAUGUGCAGUUCACCAACAUGGACGAGAAGUCCCAGCGCUACCUGGCGGACAUGUUUACCACCUGCGUGGACAUCCGUUGGCGCUACAUGCUAAUUGCUUUCACGCUUGUCUUUGUAAUUUCCUGGUUGGCGUUUGGAUUGGCAUUUUGGGUUAUCGCACUUCUUCACGGUGACCUGGACAACCCGGCAGGUGACGAUAACUUUACGCCGUGUGUCUUGCAGGUGAACGGUUUCAUCGCUGCAUUCCUGUUCUCCAUUGAGACGCAAACGACUAUCGGUUAUGGUUUCCGUUGCGUCACGGAGGAGUGUCCUCUUGCGGUGUUUCUCGUGGUCUUCCAGUCUAUCGUGGGCAGCAUUAUCGACUGCUUCAUGAUCGGCGCCAUCAUGGCCAAAAUGGCCCGGCCCAAGAAGCGAGCACAAACUCUACUGUUCUCAAAUAACGCAGUCAUCGCCAUGCGUGACGGAAGACUGUGCUUAAUGUGGCGGGUAGGGAACCUACGAAAGAGUCACAUCGUAGAGGCACACGUUCGGGCACAGCUCAUCAAACCGCGCGUCACGGCCGAAGGCGAGUACAUUCCGCUUGACCAACUGGACAUAAACGUUGGCUUUGAUAAAGGACUCGACCGCAUCUUCCUUGUCUCGCCAAUCACCAUCCUUCAUCAAAUCGACCAGGAGAGCCCCCUGUUUGGCCUCAGUAAGCAGGACCUUGAAACGGCAGAUUUUGAGAUCGUAGUGAUCUUGGAAGGCAUGGUGGAAGCAACGGCCAUGACGGCACAGGCUCGAAGCUCGUAUCUGGCCAGCGAGGUCCUCUGGGGGCACCGAUUUGAGUCUGUGCUGUUUGAGGAGAAGAACCAAUACAAAGUCGACUACUCACACUUCCACAAGACAUACGAGGUGUCGUCCACUCCUCGCUGUAGUGCCAAGGACAUGAUGGAAAACAAGUACCUCGUCGUGCCCAGCGCCAACUCGUUCUGCUACGAGAACGAGCUGGCGAUACUGAGCCACGAAGAGGAAGAGGAUGAAAGUUCAGAGAGGAUCAAGCCAGAGCGAGCGAUGAGCCUCAGCCCUGAGAGAACGCCGCGGCAUGACUUCGAUCGGCUGCAGACUCCCCGUUGCAGAGAGCAAAUGUCAUACCGUCGGGAAUCUGAGAUAUGAACCUGUGCUAUGACCUUUUUGAUACUUAGUCAAAUUUUGUGUUUCGUUCCUGGAGAUACUGGAGAUUCAAAAAUGCAGAACAAUGCAAAGUGCCAUACGGAGAGAGUGAGCGUGUGAAUGAGGGAAAGCUAAUGAAUGUUUGAAAGCUGGAGAAAUAUGUAGAGGAGACGAGAACACUUGUAGAACAGCCAGAGGGAAUAUUUAUCCUGCACGGAAAACUUGAAUCUCUUCCUAUUUUUCAUGAAAAUAAUUUAGCUGUUAAAAUAUUGAUUCUUAAAGGAAUAUUCCGGGUCCAAGUUAAGUUCAAUCAACAGCACUUGUGGCAUAAUGUUAAUAACCACAAAAACGUAUUUUGAAAAAAAGUAAAAACCGGGAUUGCAAAUUUACUUACAAUGGAAGUAAACAAUAUGCAUGUUAGCAUGAUUUGAAUGUGAUAAAAUCACUUACUAACUUUUCUGUGUAAAGUUAUAGCGUAUUUUACUUUUCGUUGCCGUGACAACAUAACAGCGUAAACCCUUAAACGACCAUUAAAAAGACCAAAUCAAAUAUUACAUGAGUUUCAAUGGUGCUGUAAGAAAUGGCCUAAUCCCUGAAAGAUCGCGGACCAGUCGCUGUGACAGAUCUAGACUCUGUAAACAGCAAACAAAAAUGUGUCUGCGGACAACGGCACUUUUGUCCCUUCAAUGAUUUUGCACGUUCUCAUAGUUUUGUAGUUGCAGUGAAUUAUUGAGGCUUAAUGCCAUUUUUAAGCCAUGUUUCUCAUAACAGUUGUCAGUAGAGGGCGCUAUUAUGCUUCUGUUGCUUUUGACAACCGUUUCUGCAUGAUGUCGGUCUCAGUUAAGCUCAUUUCGUAUCUUUGGGCUAGUGUGGGGUUUUAGAAAGAGGGGCAUGGCUAUUUCAAUGGCUUGUAAGUGUAAGUGUUUAUAUAAGAUUAUAAGCUUCACAUUUCUGCCUUUAAACCCUCCAAAAAUUGUCCCCAUUCACUUCCAUUGUAAGUGACUCAUUGCAACAUUCAUUUUUGAGGGACCGGACGAAAGUGUUUUUGUGUUAAUCAACAUUAUGCCACAAAUGCUGUUGAUUGAGCUUAACUUGUAUUGAACCCAGAAACUUCCUUAAAAGGAAUAGUUCACUCAAAAAUAAAAUUGUCAUUUUUUACUCCUACAAAUAUUUAUCGCCCCAUUGGGAGCUUGACAGACAUGUUUACCCCAUACACUUUCAUUGGAAAAGAGCAGUAAUCUCACGGAAAAAUAGCAGAAUAUGGGUUUGGAACAACAUGAGGGUGAGUAAAUAAUGACAGAAUUUUCCUUUUUAGGUGAACUAUUUCUUAAUUGUGUAAAUAUGUCUGCAUAAAUACAUGAUUUUGCGUGCGGUAUUACUUUAUUGCGAGAGAUAUAAGCAUUACCUUUAGAAAGAAAAGGAAUAAUAAAUUAGCAUUUUUAUUUUUGCAUUCAAUCCACGCACAAAUGACAAGCAAUGCCGGGGCAAACUGUCCCUUGAGUUUUACACACACACACACACACACACACACACACACAACACACACACACACAGAUCAGUCAAACAUGAUAAAUUCCCAUUUAAACUGCACUUUCUAGACAGACCAAGUGAACAAUGUGAGCACCUGAGUGUGAAUGAUUGUGUGUGUGUGUUUGUGUUUUGCAGCUGAGCACGGCCUCAUAUCAGACACACAAGGAGGUUAAAUUACGAACAAUCCUAAACCUGCGACAACAUGCUCAUGCAUACGUGUUACAUAGAUAUAUUGAUAUCAAAAUAUAGGUAUAUAUUUAGUUAGAUAAUGUAGUUUUAUUAGUUUGACCAUGUGAUGGCAGACCUUCGGAGAUCUCAAUAAGACCCGUUUAAAAUGAUACAUUUUCAUCAAUACCAAAAAACAUUAUUUGAACACUUUUAGCUUUUGUCCCCGAAACAGGUGUCACGUUGGCAUGGUCCGGAUCCAAUAUUAUGUAGGCUACGCUCUAUGUAGCAUCUGUGAAAUGCUGCUGAUUAACUUUGACUUGUAGGCUGACCUUCAGUUUUAUGAAACAAUUAAAAAUUGUGUUUACAUUUAAGCACUUACAAUGAAGGUAUAUGAGGCAAGACAUUGUUAAAAUACAUUAAUGUUCCAAAUCACACUGGCUCUGUUCCAAAACCUAGUGAGCUGCCUACAUACUAUGUGUGUGUCACUUGUCUGUUGUCUGUAUGACAGUAUGAAUGGAAGGGCACAUUCAUGAAGCAAUAAUGAAAAGAUCAAAGCAAUACGUGAUGCAUGAUGAAUUAUUUAUCAGGAGAAAACCAUUUCAAUUGUACCGGAUUGAAGUAAAGCAAUGUAUUCCCUGAGAAAGCACAGAGUUGUACUGUACAAUUAUUUAUAUAAACAUAUUAUAGGUUAAACUAUCAUGUUUCACUAUUAUUCCAAAGCCUUUUCUAUGAGAUUAUUCAGCACCUGUGAGCACAUUCACUUCUUACCCGUUAUAAAGAGCAGUGGUGUGCUAAACAAGAUGCACUCAAUGAAAACUUGAUGUAUUUUUGGAUAUAAUGAUGGAUGAUUAUGAAUACAACAAUGCUCAACGAUAAAAGU